UCCUGCGCUUGUGAUCCGCCCGCCUUGGCCUCCCAAAGUGUUGGGAUUACAGGCGUGAGCCACCGCACCUGGAAUCUGUGGCCUUUUUUAAAAGCAAGUUAUUUAUUUUGCUAAAUGUCCCAGGAAAAAUGAUUAAUGAAAAACUACAGGUGACCUGUAUAAAGUGUAGGUCUUUCACACGCGUACGUGUCCUUAUGUACAUUUACCUGUAAAUGAAGACUUUUCCCUGGCCUUAUUCAAUUUAUUGAAAUGCUCAGAUGAGGAGCACCUGCAGUUUGCCCGUAUUUUCCCAAAAUGCCUUGUUUUCCUGCAACUAUUCCCAGGAGAAGCCAGACUUCCCUCCAUAAGCAGACCACUGUGCUCUAGCAGAGAUUUGUAUUGUAAAAGCUGAGUUUGCAAAGAAAAGACUCAGCUGUUGGAAGUCUGUGGGAUUGUAUGGCAUCAUGAGGUAACAGACCUGGUAAAUAGCUAGAACGUAGAGAAGAACGAAACCAGAGGCAGUGUGCUGCUGGAGCUGAGAGGACUGAAAACUGGAUAUUUGGUCCCUAUGGACUUUCUGGUCACCCUAGGAGGUGGACUUACUUCUUCUUGAGUCGUGUGGAAGGACUCUGAAGUCACAAGUUUUUAAGACUCUCAGGCUUACUGUGGAUCUGGAUUCUAAGGCAACACUUCCUUGAAGAAACAGGUUACAGCUCUGCCCAGAUGGCCCUCGUCUUCCUGUACGGCACCUUGAAGCGGGGUCAGCCCAACCAUAGGGUCCUGCGGGACAGCGCCCACGGCUCCGCAGCCUUUCGGGCGCGCGGCCGCACGCUGGACCCCUACCCGCUGGUGAUCGCCGGGGAGCACAACAUCCCGUGGCUGCUGCACCUGCCUGGUUCGGGGCGCCGCGUGGAGGGUGAGGUCUACGCGGUAGAUGAGCAGAUGCUGCGCUUCCUGGACGACUUCGAGAGUUGCCCGGCCCUGUACCAGCGCACGGCGUUGCGGGUACAACUGCUGGAGGAGGGGGCCCCGGGCGCGGAGGAGCCACCGGUGCCCACCACGGUGCAGUGCUUCGUGUACAGCAGGGCCACCUUCCCCCUGGAGUGGGCCCAGCUCCCGCACCACGACAGCUACGACUCCGAGGGGCCGCACGGGCUGCGCUACAACCCCCGGGAGAACAGAUAAGGGGGGCAGGCAGGGUGGGCCUAUGCCUGAGAGCCCUGGGGCUCCAAGAUGUACCCAGCCCAUGCUGGGUGAAGGCGGAAGCAGAACAGGGCCUUUUCCAACGAAUCAGCGGGAAAAGGAACCAAUCUUUCAGUGGCAGCUGAUUUUACAAGUAAUGUUGACACACAAAUAGCAAGCUAGUUCCCUCCCGUCUUUCUACCUGGUAAGAAAAAUUCAGAAUUUUAAUACCCCUCAAUGACAUUUAAAGAACUCGUGUUAUCCCUAAUUCUUCUGCUCUUCUUCCUCCUUGUGUUUUUUGCUGUUUGCUCAGCUUUGAGCUCAAUAUUUAGGAUCAAUGCAAAGACUUGGUGUUGCAGCUAGAUUUUAGCAGCCCUAUUAUACUGAUUCUGGCCUGUAGCCCCUGAGAAAGCUGAUUUUACACAGCUGGGUAGAAUUUGUAAAGAAGGUCCACAGGGUAAGCAUGCUGUGUAUCAGAGUGCAUACAGCACCAUUCUUCAUCAUUUUCAGAUCAAGCUUCACAGCAGAUAUUACAGAUUAUUUAAAUUUGAAGGUGAUGUUUUGGGAAAUCAAA